CUGGUCAAUCCGGCGAGGACUUUUGGUGGCCAAAAUAACAAAAAGCAAAGGCUGAAAAAGCCGGUCAGCUUGAUAACGAAAAGACGAACCAGGCACGUCUCGGCGGUAUGGGUAAAAAGUAGGCGCGCGCCGCCCAUAGAAUCGGAGAGGGAAAACAAGAGGCCCAACUAACCAAAAAAAAAAGCCCACAAUAAAUUACAAAAAAAUGGUGGUCAGAAAUAUAACAGGCCACACUGCUACGUGUCGGGCAAAGACGCCGUCUGAGUGUCACCGCGAUACGCCGUGCCGUCGUUCUAUCAAGCUUGCGCAUUCCCCACGGCAAAAAAGACCCCGUCAGUUAAAAAAACGGGAUUGGUUUUUUUCUUUAUAUUUUGCCCUUUCCCCCCGAUAAAGAAAAAAAGAAGAAAGUGCAAAGAAAUUAAAUAGCCGAACGAACGGAACGGAACGGCUCUCGCCCACCGCUUUCCUUCCGGAAACCGUUGGAUUCCCCUUCCAACCAUACUAAUCCAUCUCACGCGCCUUCCGCGCGUUCCCCACUCUCUCUCACCCGGCCCUUUUCAGCAUCAGUCCCUGAAAUUCCUCUUAUUUUCCUCUGUCACAGUCAGUAUGGUAUUAUUUGUUAUUAUCUUACCAAAUUGUUAAUGACAAUAAAAGGAAUAUUAUCACACGUCUUUGCAUGUUUAAAUUUCGGAAAAAUUCAGAAAUAAUAUCCCAUAUUUGUUUCGGCUCCAAUAAUUCCAAUUUAAUCAAUGUGGAGCGUGCUUUAUUCCAGAAAUGAAGCUGGGUGCCAAUUUUUGAAUGGUAUUAACGUGGGGAAGGGAAUCUAGCUAUUAUGGGAACAGAUUCAAUGCCCCUAAAUCAUUAUAUGCUAAUUCUUGGUAGCAAAAUAAUUAGAUACGUAUCUUUGAAACUAUUAAGCAAAAUCUCCUAUAUAUGCCUUUAGGAGAGCAUCUACCUAAUAUUACAUCCCAAUUAUGCUUUCUUGAAGCCAAAACAAUUAUGAAAACAAAUUACAAGAGAUAUCAAUCAUCUAUCUGAACAAUUAAAAUGAUGAUUAAUAUGUAGUUAAACUACGAAGAAUGAUAAUUUCGUCACGAGGAAAAUAGUAAGUUGCAACUCUAAAAGAUUGACAUAAUGAUAAUGUGGGUAUGAGAGCAUCCACCACACACUAAGUACGAAUUUUAGAGAUACAACCAACGAAAAUUAAUAAGCAGAACCAUUACGGAUUUACGGUUGACAUAAUGAUAAUGUGAGUAUGAAAACAUCCACCACACACUAAGUACGAAUUUUAGAGAUACAACCAACGAAAAUAAUAAGCGGAACCAUUACGGAUUUACGGUUGAUUGUUAGGAUUCAUGGCAUGCGUUUGGUUUUUUGUAAGGUAAAUUUCGUCAUUAUACUGUCUAUUCCUUGUAUUUGAUGAUUAAAGAGUUAUUUAAUUACUUAAACAUGGUUUGGUAAGAGAAUAGUUACGAGGAAAAGGGAGGGAAAAUGAAUUCGGGAAUGGCGGUCAGGAAAAGGAAUACAUAAUUUUCAAACUACGAGGGGUACCAUUGCAAAAACAAAAAAGUAAGCAUCCUUCGACUGCAAAAUAUCGCGGAAAUCCCGAAACUACCCUACUCACGCGCCACCAUCCUUCCUUGCAAAAUAGUAUAAAUUCAUAGCUGGAGUUAAGCUAGGUUUGCCGAAUUAGCUAGCCGAACUGGCUCUUAAGAAAUUAAAAAGAAAACCUCCCCUUUUUUUUCCUCUCUCUCGCUCUCUAGAUUCUUCUUCUUCACUGAACUCAGAAAUGGCGAUUACAGCAGCAACCGGAUCCUCGAGGCGGUCAACAGCCGGCGGGUCGGUCAACCGGUCCUACUCCCAGUCCGGCGGCAGAUUUAGCCUGUCGUCGUAUCAGUCUCCGUACUCCUCGUCUGCCUCAACCGGCUUCGCAUCAUCCAGUUCCAGUUUCGCGACGCGGUCAUCCACCUUCUUCGCUGGGAACCCCGUCAGAUCCGCGUCUCCUCCGCGAGUCAGCAUGUCCGGCCACUCCAUGUCGGCCUCCGCCGUCCGCUUCUCUCUGGACCGGUCGGUCUCCCCCAACCGGUCGAUCUCCACAGUCAGCCCUUCCCGCAGCCGCCCGCAGGUGGUGAGGAAGCAGCCAGGUCCGAAGAAGACGUGCAUGUGCUCGCCGACGACGCACCCUGGCUCGUUCCGCUGCAGCCUACACAAGAACCAGAACACGGCGCACGCGUCGAGCUACGCGCCGAACAACCGCCUCAACGCGCGCAGAUCUGCGAUGACGAACUCGCUGGUGAGGAUCGGCGGCGUGGAAGGGGAUCUGGUGAGGCGAGCGCUGGCGGCGUUGAUCCGCCCGAGUUCGCACCAGCAGAGGAGGCGCGCUGCGUUCCAGCCGAGGCCGAGCAGGCUCAGCUCCAUGUCCAAGUCGACGGAGGAAUCGUAACGGUUUGUGGAAAAAAUGGAAGGAACUCGAAUCACUCUCUCAUUUUAUUCUCUCUUGUGACUUGGUCUCCGAUUUUUUUUCUGGCGACGGAGGGCUCAGAUCUGCGGUGAAAAGCGGUUUGACUGAAGAGGUUGGAGGAAGUCGGGGAAGAGAACGGCCUGGAAGAAAUUCAUUUCUAGUGUGUAACUCCGGUGACCGGGAAAUAGUGCCCCUUUGUGUAUAUAGAAGGCUAUAUGAGAGUUAUAUAUUCGAAUUUACAGCCAGCAAUGGCGAAGUUUUGGGAAUCAUUAGGGAUUUAGUCAGCAAAAAAGGAAAUCAGUUCAUUGUUCGUCGAAAGAUUAACUCCAAAUUCAUUGUUAACUCCUCGGCGCCGUUAGCCGUCGUCCCGUCCGUCGUCGUGUUUCCCGUGUUGCGUAUCUCCGUUCGCCGUUCACCCGUCGUCUGUCCCGUUCAGUCCGUCGUCACCGGUGAGUUCGUUCAUUUUUUGUAUGUUGAUUAAUUUCCUUGUUUACUGCGUUAAUUUUUGUUUUACUUGUCAUUUUUUACUCGUUUUCUUGUGUUGCAGGUUCAAUUAUUGGCGGAUCAGUGCAGUAAAUCCAUGCUUACGGAGCCAAAAAUGGUGAUUAGUGUUUAACCAUGGACUGAGGAUUGGAUUCGCCUGUUGAGAACGGCGAAAGGACGGAGAGAGAACUCACGAAAGGACGGAAACCUAGACGUUACCAUGGACAAACAAAUUGAACUCGGUCAAGGACAGAAAAUUCAAAAUAAAUAAAUAAAUAAAUGAAAUUAAGUCGAAGGGUAAACAAUUCAAUUAAUGGGUUUCCUUAAUUUAAUUGAUUAAUUGUUCAAUUUAAAGAUGAGACUGUCUCUAAUAAAACGUACUUCUGAAAGGGACCUUUUUUCUAGAAAAAAGGAAAACGUACAAAAGCCAGGCUGGAGAAGAGGAUUAAUCAGUAUACUUAAAUACUUAAUGGAGAUGGAUUAGUUCACCCCAUUGGAAGAUGGGUUUUGAAAGCUCAAGGACGAUUUAAAUUAUGAAAGGAUUCAUUUGUUAAUUUUCCACAAGCUCCAGAAAUGCUCAAAAACACUGUAGAUGUCUAGAUGAUUGUACAAUUGAGCUUGUGACGAAUUUCGAGAUGAUCAAAAUGACGCAAUUCGAUGAACUACUGGGAAAUUAGGUUUGAUCGGCUAAAAUUACAACAACCAAAGAGAUGAUGGCAACAAUUUGAAAGGAAGAAAACAAAGAAGAAAGAAGUGGUGGGUUCCUUGGCAAGUUGGGCAGCUGGCCGUCACUACCAAGAACAGUUUGGGAAGGAAGGAAGAAGAAGGGGAACUUUUUUUCUGGGUGGGGACUGUGAUGUCAUCAUCUCAACAUCCGCCAUUACUACUGCUGUCUCUCUUUUUCUUUCCUUCUUCUUCGUCUUUUCGGUUCUGGUAAUGAAAGAGGAGGAGAGGGAGAGGAUGGAGGCUCCAUAAUAAGUAACCCUGCGGCUCCCACCACCAUCCAUGGCUUUCCUUCCUUCUGUAAUGGCUUUUCCCAAGCUCGCUGGAUAAGGUUUUCGUGACAACGAAAGGAGUAGUGGGUUUGGGUGGAUUCCACUUUCCCCUUUUCUUAGGGCCGGCAAUUUGGUCCAGAACUGUUUGGUUUUACUCGAAACCGGACUGUAUUACCUGGACCGGGACGGAUAGCAAACAAUCCAAUUUCAUAUUCGGGUUUAGAUUUGAGGUAAAAAAACCCGGAUAAAGACCGGAUAAGAGACCUCAACACUCAAAUCCCCAUAAGCUCAAUCUAAAAUCAAAAUCAAAUUGGGACCGGAUCGGGUCAAGACCGGCCGGAUCAAGACCGGAAUGUAUCCAAUCCAAUCUUUGGUCCUUAUAUUCCCGAAAAGACCGGACUGAGACCGAAUCAAUUUGGUCCAAUUUAACCGGACCGAAUCGUAUAGCCACCCCUACUUUUUCUUCUCUUAUUUUUACCCCGUACUUUGUUUCUGUUGGAUGGGAAUCCUGUGAAAUAAAUGAGGGUGAAGAGGAAGGAACACGGGCAUGAAAUUGGAAAGGGGUAGAAAGGAAAGAACAAGAGCAAGUGGUUCCAUUGGCCUUCAUGGUAUGUGAAAUGAAAGCUAGUUUCUCAACUAAGUUAUUUAUCGUUUUGUGCGAUCAUGUUCGGUAAAAAAAAAAUGUAUCGAUGAUAACAUUCCUGAAUACUAUGACAUCUAAAAAGUAAUCUUUGAACGUUUAACGGUUGUCUACUCUCUAAACUUUGUCAGCAAUAUCGAUAUUCGCUGACGGUUAAAUUCACAUUUUACCUCCCUGGCAUAAACGAGAUUGUAAGCAAAGAAGAGACACAUCAACCAAAAAUAUACUUCUUUCUCUCUCGUUCUUGUCUAAGAGCAGAUUUAAGGAGUCCAUCUCACGCUCAGUUCGAAACUUGAAUGAGCGGAGGCUAUCUUUCUCUCUAUGUUGACUUUUUUCCAUCUGCUUUGAGUCUCUUCGCUUUACCUUGACAACGAAGAAGACGAUAAUUCUCUUUCUGUUUUCCAAAUUGAUUGUUUCUCACAAGAUUCCUGGGUUAAAUCUCUCACUCUUCCCCUUUUCUUGCCUUCAAAUCCCCCCUUUUUAAACUGUCUUCUACCGUGACGCUUACAUCUUUCGUGUGUGAGAGUCGCACUUCCUCAUAGUAGUUAAGAGUACCACCUAGCUGCCAAACUCAUAAAAUUUGUCAACCAUGUCAAGCGGGCUUAAACAAUAUCAAUGAUCUUUAUCUUAUAACGAGAUGGACACAUCGAUUGAUCAUAGUGGAUUUUGAUCAUUUCUUGACGAAGUACAUUCAAACGAAGCACGAUCUUCUGGGGUUGCAAAAUUAACUUUGUUUAAGAGCUAAAGUUUUCCUUCCUAAUUAAACAUAGGGAACAUGUUAAACAGUUUCCUCACUCAAAGUUCAAAUAUGUUAUUUGAAGGCAUGGGUACUUUACUUUCUAUGUAUUUAAUCAAACCUUUCAAUUAUGUCUACCCUGCGAUAAAGAACACCCUUAAUUAAAGAAAAGAAACGGGAAGAACAUGCCAUGAUUUUGUACAAUAUCACAAGCUAGUCACUACCCCAUUUUUGCAAUGAUAAGGAUUAUGUCAACUUUGAGAAACUUAAACCCCCCAAAAAAUAUCAGUGUCACUAGUGGAUAAGCUAUUAUUAAAUUGAUUUUUAGACCUCUAUCUAAUCCUUACUCCUAGCUUGAAGAGAUAUAUGGUUGAUAAGAAAAAAAUCAAACCCAAUAGUUGACAAAAUUGCAAACUAGAGUAUACGUGGUUCUAUCAUCUAAGAUAAUGUAGAGGAUUUUGAUUAAUUAAAAAAAAAAAAGAGUACGGGUGAGUUGAUGGCCGGUUUAGAGAAACGAAUGAAAUAACAUCUACAUAAGUUACUUCAAAUUCUGAUGAAAAUUUCGUCAAAAGACCAGGAGAGUGAUUAUAUUCUUAGUAAAUUUGAAACCAAUUAUUGUUUCCCAUCACUAAUCAAAACUAGCAAUGGUGGAUAAGAUUGUGUACUGAUCUCUAGACUCUGUGCUAGUAGUGGGAGAGGUACAUAGGUUGAUAAGAAAAAAGUGAAAAACAAAACCCAUUGACUUAAUUUAAGCACACAAUUAGAGGAUAAGGAUUGAAAUUGGUUAUACACUAAUUAGCAAUUAGUUCCUGGGAAUACUAAGAUAGUAAGAUGCCAAUAAUUUUUCUUAUUCAAU